GAAGAAGAAGCGACUCGCCCUCGUGUGUCGUUGGUGCUGCAGCGGAACAGAGUUUGGGGCUCGAUCACCGGACACACUUCCAUCGGUGCUGCCUUGCUCACCGGACUACUCAGUUGCCAUGGCCUCCUACACGUGCAUCAGCUGCCGAGUUGCUUUCUCCGAUGGCGAAGUGCAGCGAGCUCACUACAAGACCGACUGGCACCGCUACAACCUGAAGCGCAAGGUGGCCGACAUGCCCCCCGUCACGGCCGAGAACUUCCAGGAGCGCGUCCUGGCCCAGAGGGCUGCUGCCGAAAAACAUCUGCAGGAGUCGUCGAGCACAGAGGGCUGUGCCGUCUGCAGCAAGAAGUUCUCCACCACCAACGCCUACCAGAACCACCUGCAGUCCCACAAGCACCAGCAGGCCGAGAAGCAGGCGCUGCUGGCCGCCCAGAAGGAAGUGGAGAGGAUGAACGAGAAGAACCUGGAGAAGGGACUCGGUGAUGAGAAGGUGGAUCAAGACGCCAGGAACGAGGCCCUGCAGCAAGCCCUGAAAGAGCAGCAGAGGUCGAGCCUGGCCAAGCAGGGGAAGGCCCAGACGUCACAAGGAGGGGCGAAGGAGAAGACAGAGAGGCCGGAGAUACCCCCCCGCAUGAUGUGGCUGGAGGAGCAAGCCAAGAGGCAAGAGAGAGAAGAGGGAGCCACGGCCGAGGGAGAAGAGUGGGAGGACAUUGACCAGGAGGAGGAGGAGGAGGAGGAUGAUGAGAUGGAGGACCUUGAAGAGGAAACGAUUGAUCAGGAGGAAGAGGACUCUGUGGGUCUGUCUGACCCCCCCCCAGCUGGUCUGCCAGGCUCCAUCCCCGUCACCGACUGCCUGUUCUGCUCCCAUCACUCAAAGUCACUCUUGAAAAAUGUCGCCCACAUGACCAAAGUCCACAGCUUCUUCAUCCCCGACGUGGAGUUCCUUGUGGACCUCGGGGGCCUGGUCCGGUACCUCGGAGAGAAGGUCGGAGCCGGGAACGUGUGUUUAUGGUGUAACGAGAAGGGGCGCUCGUUUUAUUCAGCAGAAGCAGUUCAGAGUCACAUGACAGACAAAAGCCACUGUAAGCUCUUCACUGAUGGAGAUGCUGCUCUGGAGUUUGCCGACUUCUAUGACUUCAGGAGCAGCUACCCUGACAGCAAGGAGGGGGGGGAUUCAGAGAUGACCGAAGAUCUGCCUGACGACAAAGACCUGGAGUGCGACGACGAGACGCUGGAGCUGACGCUGCCGUCAGGAGCCAAGAUCGGCCAUCGCUCCCUCAUGAGAUAUUACAAGCAGCGAUUUGGAUAUCAGCGAGCGGUGGUUCUCAGCCACAACAAGAACGCCGUGGGCCGAGUCCUCCGGCAGUACAAGGCGCUGGGCUGGGGAGGAGAUGGAGGCAACAGCGCGUUCAAUCGGAACCAGAGAGACAUGAAGUACGUCCAGCUGAUGAAGAAAAAAUGGAUGCUGAAGCUGGGCAUGAACAACAACGCCAACAAGCAGAAGCACUUCAGAAUCCAGAUCAUGUUCUAGACUGUGUGUGGGGAACCGGACGUGGUGUGAGACCGUGGCUCGGUCACGUCUUUGCUGUUUUCCAGGCAACAGGACUGAGUUCAGAAUCGAGCACAGCUGCAGACGCUGUGGCUCCUCCCACUGCGGCAGGAAGAACCCUCAAACUGUCAGAUCAGACCAAAUCUGUCACCAUCUCAUGUGUUGUGUUGAUUUGAUUGUGUUCUAUCACUGAGUGGAAAGUGUAGGUCCACAGGAAAUCAGCUUGAAAUGAACUUGUGAUUUGACGACAAGGGAGGAGAUCUCAUCAACUUUACUAAGCAACCAUCAGUGUCACAAAUUAUUUAGAAUCUAUAUUUACAACUGCUGCAGUUGGUCUUUAUCAAGGAGUUCGACCAGUGAGCGAUUAGAUCUUUAUAACAAAUAAUGCAUCCAACUAAAUACAUGUUUCAUAUUUAUUGGAUACAGUUUAGCUCUGGUUUACAUUUUGUUUGCCGGUGCAGGAACCAUUAAGAAAUAAAACUUAGCAGCUAUGACCCGUGUCCUUGAUCGAAUCCAACGUUUUAAUUUGUUGAGCAGGAAAGAGAAGUCUUCUCAUAGAACUAUGAUGCAAUAAACGUCUCUUACGUCCUUAUAGAAAAGAGACACGUCAAAGAUAUGGAGGUUAGAAAUGAUCCUUACUUUUUUUUUUUUUUUACUAAAAUGCUCCACUUUUGACAUCUUUCCUAAUCAUGCCCCCUGGUGGCUGGCUGCAGUACUGAUCGUAAAGUGAACCCAACUUUAAACAAUCCGUUAAGUAGUUCUUAUCGCACCGAUUUAUCUUGUAAGAGUUUUGUUUUGGUUUUGAUGAAAUAAAAACGGUGUUGAACAUCAUGAUUGACA